CACACUAUAUUCAAGACCUCCCUUCUCAAAACUAUACACGAAAAUGUCUUCUUCUAUCUCCAUCCCAACUUCUUCCAAAAUCUUACUGUGCUUCACCGUACUCUCCGCCCUCCAUUUCUUCACAGCGUUCUCGAACGAGUUCUCCGUCGGUGGCGAGAAGGGUUGGGUCAUUCCCAAAGAUGACCAGCUCUAUAAUGAUUGGGCUUCCAAGAACCGCUUCAAAGUUGAUGACAUUCUUAGGUUUGAGUACCAGAAGGAUUCAGUUAUGGUGGUGAGCAAGGAGGAGUACGAGAAGUGCCGGUCGGCUAGACCGGUUUUCUUCUCCAACGAUGGGCACACUGUCUAUAAGUUGGAGCGUCCCGGUUUGUUCUAUUUCAUCAGUGGGGUUUCAGGCCACUGCGAGAGAGGGCUGAAGAUGGUCAUCAAAGUGCUCGAAACAGAGAACCCACCUCAGUCCAGUACUCCGGCGACGGGCGGAAAUUCUCCACCGGCGUCCGGUGGUGCUAUGCCGGCCUUUAAUGCUUCGGCCGCUCAAUUUGCUUUCUUAAUCAUCUCAUUCCUUGGGACCAUCUUCAUGUGAUUCGUUUAAGUUGUGUUUGGGUUCUCAGAUUUCUUAGUCAGUCAUUAAUUAUGUCGUGUUAUUUUUGCCGUAAAGACUGAAUUCAGAUUCUUAAGGUAAUAUACAUGUUUCUUGUUUUGGUUUAUAUUCAAGUAUAUUUUUGUUUAAAUUCAUUAUAUUUUAUUUGAAGAUUGAAAAAUCGAAAUUGAUAGUUUAUUCUAAUUUCCUCAUCAUUUUGGAGUUUGUAUAUACUGC